GAAAAUAAACGCAAAAAAAUCAAUGGCCCCCCUUGCAGAACUGCGAGCAUGAGAAUGCAAGCCCCCAGAGACCUUGAGCUUAGAUAUACCCCAUCGGGGUCUAUUCACCCUUGUUUUUGAUUUUACCCCACCUGGCGAGACGGACAGGUGCAUCUUCGAUUCGAUGUUCCCCGAGUGCUUAACAUUAAAUAACCCAGACCAGUGUGCAUGUAUCAUACAUGCGCACAUCUAAUCAGUGGUUUCGCCAAAAGAUAAGGCCGCCCUGUGGUCUUUUCCAAAGAGUUUGCCUCGCUUUUACCCACAUUCAAACGCAGCUGGUUGACUGUUUCUGUUUGUGUUUCUGCUUCUGUUACUGAUUUCCAACUUCGGGGACCCGUGACUCAGACUCGGACUCAGACCCAACCUAUCCGAUCCAAAGCGAUCCGCUCGCAGUUCCAUCAUAACCAGCCAUAUCGUCAUAGCCAACGCAGGGAAAGCAGCCCAGAUCCAGCUCCAGACCCAGACCCAGAUUCAGGUCCAACGACUCCAACUCCGACCAGAUGAGCAGCGGAAUGAGGUCGCAGGACGGUCCGCGGGCGAAGGUCAAUGCCGCCAGCUCGCUGCUCACCCAGGAGGAAAAUGAAGCCGUCUUCAGGCUGCUGGGCAAGAAGUGUCAGACACUGAACACCGCCGUGGUGCAGAUCUACAAGACGGAGGGCAGUGCCCACGCCCACUGGAAGAAGCGGCACACCGGAGUCGUCUGCUUCGUGAAGGAUAGCGCCAUUCGAUCCUACUUCAUGCGCGCCUACUGCCUGAUCAAGAACGAGUUGAUCUGGGAGCACGAGAUAUACGACGGCAUGCAGGUGGUCAAGUCGCGACCCUUUCUCCUCACCUUCGAGGGCAGUGAUGGCCAUGUAGGACUGAACUUCGUCUCCGAAGAGGAGUGCGACUCGUUCUUCCGCAUUGUGGACGCCACCAUAGAGACGCGCAAUCGCAAGCGACAGGAUAAGCGCAACCGGCAGAAGAGCCAGCAGGCACCCAAUGCGCCACUGCCUCAAGUGCAGCGGGAGCCGGCCAGGCCACCGCCCAUGCAGGGCGGAAUGUCCGCCACGGAUGGCGGGAACGUUCAGCUGCGGAACAACAAGAUCAACUCGGUGACACUGACGCCGGCGCCAGCGCAAACGAAGAACUUCCUGUCCAGCGGUUUUGGACUGGGUGGCGGCCAGGCGAAAGACAAGAACAAGCGCAAGGUGACCAAGGCGGACAUCAGCCAGCCGACGAACUUUGUCCACAUUAGCCACGUGGGCUGGAAUGCCGACAAGGGCUUCGAUCUGACGGGCAACGAGAACGACGAGGUGCUGAACGAGUUCUUCCUCAAGGCCGGUGUCUCCGAGACGGAGCUCAAGGAUCGGGACACUCGUGCCUUCAUCUACGACUUCAUACAGAGCAACAAUGUUCUGGCGUCGGUGAAGCAGGACAGCGUGGAGUCGCCAACGGAAGAAACGCCUCCCGUGCCGCCACCGGUGCCAACCCGUCAUCCUUCUAAUGGCAACCAAAGAACUGCACCACCGCUGCCGCCGGCGAGACAACCACCUCCAGUGCCCGCCACUGUGCCCGGCGCCACUCGAGCUCCGCCACCACCCAGCAGACCACCACCCAUCAGUACCGCACCACCACCGCCGCCAGUCAGCGCACCCGUUGUAGCGCCACCACCUCCUCCACCGCCACCACCAGCAGCGGUGCCACCGCCACCGCCCCCGCCCAUGCCAGUGGGAGAGAUCCCAGUCAUCACCACCACGCACGCUCCCACUCAAGCAGCCAGGCCAGCGGCUCCAGCAGCACCAGGAGCUCCAGAUACACGCAACGCACUUAUGGACGCCAUUCGCAAGGGAACCCAGCUGAAGAAAGUGGACACGUCUGCACUCAGCACUGGCAGCGGCGACUCUCGCAGCGAUUUAAUGAAGGACAUUCGCCAGGGCACAGUGUUGAAGCCGGCCAAGGAACGGGAGCUGGGCAGCCAGCGGAACAGCGACAAUGGAGGCGGCACCGACGCCCUGGCCGAUGCACUGCGUCGGGCGCUGGCGGCACGCGGAAACGCCAUCCACUCGGACGAGGACGAGACCGAAUCCUCGGACAACGAGGGAGAGUGGGACUAAGGGACUAAGCUACGCGGGAGCUACACGGAUGACACGAUGCGGGGCAGCAGACACUAUUCCAAAUAUAAGCAAUAAUUUAGUUCGUGCUUUGGCAUUUUGGUUUAUCGUUAGAUAAAUCCCUGUAAAUACUGUUAGUGAAUUUUCAUACCUCUUUAAUUUAAUUGUACGAGUUUAACAAACGAAAAAAGUACUAAAAGGAUAACCUCAAAUUGAGAAAUCGUAUCAGCAUCAGCAUUUGCCCGCUUUUAAUUUGUUCCGAAUUGAAUCACAUUCGCAUAUCCUUAAACAUCUGCUCAAUAUUUAAGAUGAACGAAACGCAUGUAUGUUAGUUCAGUAAUAUAUGUGGGUGAAUUUUGCAAAACCCCGUUCAGACUACUGUGCCAAAAACUUGAGAACACCAAAAUGAAAAACGAGUUUGUGAAAAAAAUUAGAGAUUCACCUUGUCUGCGAACUGAAAAACUGUAAACUGAGCGAUAGAAAUUUAUUAUAGUGAAUAUAUUUUAUAAAUCUAUAACAAAGGAAAGGAUCAAGCAAAAAAUAAACUGUGACUACUUUUAAUAAAGCCACAGCUGAGAAUUAUUAUAAAUACACACAAGUUUAAAGUAAUAGAUUUGCCCGCAAUUAACCAUAUACUAAAUUUGCAAAAUUUGCUCAGUAAUAAUUCACUACUUGUUGAAAUAAUAAUUAACUAAUGUAAUAAGCGUGGCUAAACCAAUCAAAUAGGCGAUGUAUUCAAUUUAAUUUGACAAGGCUUCCGCUAAAAGCUGUCUGUUACUAUAUUACAUCCAAUUACUCCCAAUCGAUUAAUGAAUGACCUAGUAACUCAUAAGUAUUUUCGUUUUAGUUUGAGUGCAUUUAAUGCAACCUUGUAGUCAUUUUUCUUCUGUGUGUCUGUAUUUAAAUCAAUAUUACGUAUAUGUUUGUUUUAUGUCACUUUUUAAAACUACUAAAACUAAACCCAAUAAGCUUGUCAGAGCGAGAAACUUAUGUGGAUCAGAUUUUGGAUUAAUAUGUACGCAUGUCGAAAGAAGAGUUUUGUGCGAUUUAUGUAUUUCAAUACAUAAUACUUACAUAUGCUAAUAUAUAAGCCAUUAAUUUAUGUAAUAAAGUUGUGUAUAUCUAACUUAAAA